AUGAAUACGUCUCCAGGCACAGUGGGCAGUGACCCCGUCAUCUUGGCCACUGCAGGCUAUGACCACACGGUGCGGUUCUGGCAGGCCCACAGCGGGAUCUGUACGCGAACUGUGCAACACCAGGACUCGCAGGUGAACGCGCUGGAGAUCACACCCGACCGCACCAUGAUUGCAGCUGCAGGUUACCAGCACAUUCGCAUGUAUGACCUCAACUCCAAUAACCCCAACCCCAUCAUCAGCUACGACGGGGUCAACAAGAACAUCGCGUCGGUGGGCUUCCAUGAGGACGGCCGCUGGAUGUACACGGGCGGGGAGGACUGCACCGCCCGGAUCUGGGACCUCAGGUCCCGGAACCUGCAGUGUCAGCGAAUCUUCCAGGUGAACGCGCCCAUUAACUGUGUGUGCCUGCACCCCAACCAGGCGGAGCUCAUCGUGGGUGACCAGAGCGGCGCCAUCCACAUCUGGGACUUGAAAACCGACCACAAUGAGCAGCUGAUCCCGGAGCCGGAGGUCUCCAUCACAUCCGCCCACAUCGACCCCGACGCCAGCUAUAUGGCUGCUGUCAAUAGCACUGGGAACUGCUAUGUCUGGAACCUAACUGGAGGCAUUGGUGACGAGGUGACACAGCUCAUCCCCAAGACCAAGAUCCCGGCGCACACCCGCUAUGCCCUGCAGUGCCGCUUCAGCCCCGACUCCACGCUCCUCGCCACCUGUUCGGCUGACCAGACGUGCAAGAUCUGGAGGACGUCCAACUUCUCCCUGAUGACGGAGCUGAGCAUCAAGAGCAGCAACCCCGGAGAGUCGUCCCGGGGCUGGAUGUGGGGCUGUGCCUUCUCGGGGGACUCGCAGUACAUCGUCACCGCUUCCUCUGACAAUCUGGCCCGGCUCUGGUGCGUGGAGACAGGCGAGAUCAAGAGAGAGUACGGCGGCCACCAGAAAGCCGUCGUGUGCUUGGCCUUCAAUGACAGCGUGCUGGGCUAG